UAGCUUACCUGCCGAACGCUCUGAAAGGAGGAAGGAAAAAUAGUGAAAAAAAUAAAGGAAAAAGGAAGAACCGAGUAUUAGAAUAUCUUUCAACGACUAGCGAGUCUCAAGUCCUGCUUUUGCAAUAUAAAUUACUCGUGAAAUUCAUAGUCGUGUAUAGAGGCAAAGUUCGUCGUAACAGCUACUGCUGCACGACGUUUCAAUCGCGACGCGUGGAGAGUAUAAAAGGGAAGUAGUAGAGAAAGGGUGGGAAACGGAAGAAGAAAAGAAAAAAAUAGUGCCCCGAAAGCUCAGAGUACAAAGUGAAAUAUGAAAGCUUACGUUCUUCUACUGACGUUGGCGUUCGCCGCUUGUUUGGUGGAUGUAGAAAGUCGGAUGACAGCGAAACAGAUCAACAACGCUUUGAAAACUGUUGCGAGGGCCUGCAUAGCGAAAACCGGCGUAACGAAAGAUGUAGUAGCAGCGUCGCACAACGGUGAAUUUCCGGAGGACAGAAAUUUAAUGUGUUUCUUGAAUUGCGCCAUGAACAUGAUGCAGACGUCGAGGGACGGUAGAUUCAGCCAAGAAGCGGCUGAUGCCCAAACCGAAGCGAUGUUACCGGAAGAACUCGUCGAUAGAACGAAAGCGAUGACAGCACAUUGCGUAACGAAAAUAACCAGCGACGAUCCGUGCGAGGGUUCUUGGCAAUACGCCAAGUGUAAUUACGAAACGGACAAGGAGGUAUAUUUCUUCCCCUAGUAAUCCUAGACACGAAGCACACGUCGGGUAUCGUUGCAGAGGAAGAGGAUUUUAACAAGUAAUUAUAACGCAAUCGAAUAUAUAAGACGAUGGAACAGAUUAAAUAAUAAUAUUUGUACAUCCAUUCGUUGAAAAAAAAAUAUAUCCAUAUUAUGUGUACGAUACAAAUAAAAUCAGAUCCCUAAUA